AAAUUGGUGAAAUUAUGAAUUGGUAUGCACAGUAUAGUAUCAUGGUAUUUUUUAAUGAGUUGAAAAAUAUAAUGUUCCUUCCUCAACAACAGAAGGUAAAAGAAAUUCCAAGCGUGUAGUGCUGCCGUUUGGCAACAACAAACGUGAAAGAGAGAGACACCAUCAACAUCAGACAUGAGCGCAGCAGUGGGGAGAAAGUAUCAACUAUGGCUGGCGGCGCUAAAAAUCGACUACGAAAGAAGUGUGUAGCAGAGAAUACGAGUGGAGAAUUUCGUUUAGUACCAACUUUGACGGCUUUGAGAGUGGUGUGAUCAUUCACCGUUUUUUUAUACAUAAUAACCAAGUGUGUGUGUUAUCAUUCACUGAGAGAUCAAGUUUAUUUUUGAUUAUUUAUUUCAAGUUUAUGAAUCGUGUGUUGAGAAUAUAAUAAAUAAAAUUCAAAAACGGAGUGAAAACGAUUAAAAGCCGCUUUCAACACACGGAAAAUCACAGCAGUGCGUCGUCAGAAGCAUCAGUCUCGCUUUGGAUUUCUUUAGCUCUCUCCUCUUCUUUUUUCUUUCUCUUUUCUUCCUCUUGCUGCUUCUUUCGGAUGCAGUUGACCAACCUGGAAGAUAUUGUUUUACGAAGAUUUGAUAUAUUGUUGUUGUUUGAGAAAACGAAAAUUUGUGCUCCAUACAUAUGUAGGUGGCCAUAACCAUGGUGUAGAUUUAAAAAUCAAUCAACAAUUAUCCAAGUUUGUGAAUUCUCUGUGUAGUUUUUUUGUUGCAACGUGUCAAGGCAGAUGCAUGACGGAUCAUGGUCGUCGCUGCGUCCGACCCUUCUUCAGGGAUCCUAGCGGGACGCCCUACUACUCAUCACGGUAGUAUUUCUCGUCGAGCUCAUCAGCCUCCACCAUCAUCUCAGCACAUCCGAAAUGAUCAGAAAGCUCGACCGGUAAAAUGUCCUGAUCAGCAGCAACAUCCUAGACAUUCGUCGAAUAUUUAUGUUAGGCCAAGCUGGACAGAUGCAUCUAUUGCAUUGGACCAAGUUGAGAAGGGUAAGGCAGGAGGCCAGAGGUCAGCAAUUUGGAUCCGAGCAUGGCUCCAAGAUGAAUUUAGUCAGCUUGGUGACUUUCUCCAUAGGCAUGCUGGUAAAGUAAUCUUUGUGGCUAUCCUUGCCCUUGCAACCUUCUGCGUGGCUUUAAAGUCCGUUCAAAUACACAGCAAAGUAGAGCAACUAUGGAUUCAAGAAGGAGGAGUACUAGAAAAAGAAUUAGCUUACACAUCAGAGACUUUGGGAGAAAUAACAACCACCACACACCAAAUGUUCAUUCAAACUCCAAAACGCUCUGACGCAAAUAUUUUGCAAGUGUCAGCUCUUAAGGAGCACUUAGAUAUACUUAAAGCUGCUACGAGAGUUACAGUUGAUCUUUAUGAUACCCCAUGGGAACUAAAAGAUCUAUGUUACGCCUUAAGUGUUCCUAGUUUUGAUAAUCAAUUUAUUGAACGUAUUUUUGAUAAAAUUGUACCAUGUAAUAUUAUUACGCCAUUAGAUUGUUUUUGGGAAGGAAGUAAAAUUGUAGGAUCAGAUCAUUCUGUCCACAUCAGUCAUAUAAAGAAUCAUGAGUAUGUCCAAUGGAUGGAUUUAAAUCCCAUGAAACUAUUUGAAGAAAUGAAAGGAUUAGUGGUUUCUUUUCCAUUUCAACCUCUAGAGGAAUAUAUGAAGAGAUCUGGAAUAACAAAUGGAUAUCAAAGCAAACCAUGUCUGGAUCCAAUGGACCCCAACUGUCCGAAUUCUGCUCCUAAUAAAAAAACUCAGCAGGUACCUGAUAUUGGAGCAGAACUGACUGGAGGAUGUUACGGAUUUGCCGCAAAGUAUAUGCAUUGGCCUGAAGAACUGAUUGUUGGAGGUGCAAAGCAUAAUAAGACUGGACACAUAAUACAAGCUGCUGCUUUACAGUCUGUUGUACAAUUGAUGACGGCACGUGAGUUGUAUGAAUAUCAUUCCCAUUCAUACAAAGUCCAUCAUAUUGAUUGGUCGCAAGAAAAAGCGUCACAAAUACUUGAUAAAUGGCAACGAGCAUUUAAUAAACAAGUCAAGAGAAAGCAAUUAGAGCUAAAUAUGAGUGGAACUCCUGUAUUAUAUAAUUCUUAUGCAUUUAGUACUACGACAAUGAAUGACAUACUUAGCAAAUAUUCUGAAAUUUCAAUAACAAAUAUGGCUAUUGGAUGUGGACUAGUGAUUUUAUAUACUGGAUUUGCUCUAUUUCGCUGGAAAGAUCCAGUACAUUCUCAAGCAAGUGUCGGAGUUGCUGGAGUUAUUCUUAUUUGUGCUACAGUCGCUGCUGGUCUAGGAUUUUGUGCCUUAUUGAGAAUACCUUUUAAUGCAAUUACAACUCAGAUGGUUCCAUUUCUUGCCCUUGGUCUUGGUAUUCACGAUAUCUUCUUGUUGACACAUACAUAUGCUACGACAACGAUAGAAGCAUGUGUAUUAACCGGGUCAAGUGAACAGACUAAACCAUUAUCACAUUUUAGUGAUACUGAAUUACAAACGAAUAUCAUAUUAAAACGAACUGGUCUAUCAGUAUUACUCAAAGGUCUCAGUAAUGUUGCGGCAUUUUUCGCAGCUGCGAUCAUUCCAAUUCCUGCUUUAAGAGUUUUUGCUUUUCAAUCUAGUAUUCUUAUCCUUUUUAAUCUUGCUGCAUUGCUACUUGUUUUCCCAGCAAUGAUUAGUCUUGAUAUUCGUCGAAGGAGAUCUGGUAGAUCAGAUAUCUUUUGUUGCUGUUUACCAGCAAUCACGAAUGAUAAAUACUAUAAUUACAUGGAUGCACAGUCGAAGAAUUCUAAUCAGAAUGUUAUAAAAACAAUACCUUUAGAUCAGAAGGAAACUUUGACUAAUAUCUUAACAGAUCAGAAUGAACUUUGGACUGAAGAAAAUACUAAUAGUAAUAAUGUUAAUGUUGAUACGAAUUAUAAUGCUAAUAAUAAAAAGAAACAUGAAAGGAGGAAGAAGAGAAAUGAAAAAGAGGGGGAUGAUGAAGUAGAUGCUGAUGAUGAUGAAGAUUAUGAACAUGGAAAAAAAUGUCCAGAAGAAGCUAAUCGUCAACGAGAUAGAGAAUAUUCUUCGAGGCAAGCACCAACCCAACACAAAAAAAAUUAUCAUCAACAGCAUCGUCUUCAACAACAUGAAUAUACAGAAACAGAUACUUUAACUGGGUUUACUCCAGAUGAGUGUCUGCAAUUUUCAUUAACGCAAUUAGCCGCGAAACAUUAUGCUCCAUUUAUUACAAAACCCAGUACUAAAGUUCUUGGAAUGAUGUUGCUUGCUGUUGUUAUUGGUGGUAGCGUCUGGCAAGCGAUGAAGAUCGACAAUGGAUUGGAGCUGAGUGACUUAGUACCUCAGAACUCUGAUGAACAUGCCUUUUUGGUUGCUCAAUCAAAAUACUUUGGAUUUUAUAAUAUGUACGCAGUAACUGGUAGAGAUUUUGAAUAUCCAAACAAUCAAAAACUUUUGUAUGAAUAUCACGAUGCCUUUAUGAGGAUUAAAAAUGUAAUUAAAAAUGAUGAUGGAGGCUUGCCAAAAUUUUGGCUCAGCAUAUUUCGUGACUGGUUACGUGAUUUACAAGCUGCCUUUGAUAGAGACUAUAAAAAUGGUUGUAUAAACCAAGAAGGAUGGUACAAAAAUGCGAGUGACGAAGCUAUUCUUGCCUACAAAUUACUUGUACAAACUGGUCAUGUUGAUAAUCCCAUCGAUAAAACUCUCAUAUCUCAAGUGCGCUUAGUUGAUUCUGAAGGAAUUAUUAAUCCUAGAGCAUUUUAUAACUAUUUAAGUGCAUGGACAUCAAAUGAUGCAUCAGCAUAUGGAGCUUCUGAAGCUAAUUUAAAGCCAGAACCAAGACAGUGGACGUUCAGUAACGAUCAUGAACUUCAAAUACCAAAAAGUAUGCCUUUGAUCUACGCACAAAUGCCGUUUUAUCUUCAUAAACUCACCGACACAAACCAGAUUACUGAAUUAAUUACCAGUGUGCGUAAAUUAUGCAAAAAAUUUGAAGAACGAGGUCUACCCAACUUCCCGUCUGGAAUUCCAUUCUUAUUUUGGGAUCAAUAUAUGGAUCUAAGAAGCUGCUUAUUUAUUGCAUUGACUGCAGCUUUAGGAGCCACUGUAGCUAUAAUUGGAAUUCUUUUGUUAAAUGUAUGGGCUGCCAUCUUAAUUGGUACAUCACUAGCAGGUGUUGUACUUCAACUUCUAGGAGUAAUGGCAUUAUUUGGAAUGAAGCUGAGUGCUGUUACUGUUGUGUUACUAGUGAUCAGUGUCGGAAUAACAGUUCAUUUUACUGCGGACAUUUGUUUGAGUUUUGUAACUUGUGUUGGUGGUAGUCGCGAUCGUAGAAUCCGUCUUGCUAUUGAACACAUGUUUUCUCCAGUGGUUCACGGUGCUAUCGGAAUAUUAUUAACAAUAGCAAUGUUAGCCUUUUCGGACUUUGAGUUUAUUGUGCGUUCCUUCUUCUAUGCUUUAUUAUGCCUUAUAGGCAUUGGUUUUAUAAAUGGACUUUUGUUCUUCCCUGUGUUAUUGUCAUUGGUGGGUCCAUCAUCAGAAGUUAUACCUCCACAUGAACAUCCAGAUCGUAUUUCUACUCCAACUCCGCCUGCUUCUCCACAAGAAUUUGCUAAGAGACGACACUUUAGACAACAACCUCCAGAACCGCCUAGACGACCACAUAAGAUGGAUAAUAAUUGUGGUAGAUUGCAUACUGAACCUUCUCUGACUACAAUUACAGAGGAACCUAAUUCAUGGCAUAGUACUACUCAAGAGUCUUGCAUUAUUGUUCAGCCAGAGGUUAAAGUUGAAACUACAUCUACAUGUGGAAAUCAGAAUUGUGGUGCAGGAUCAGAAACAAAUCGAACAUCUCCAGUCCUAUCAAACUCACAUAUUACUACAACAACAAAAGUUACAGCCACUGCCAAUAUUAAAGUUCAAGUUCACACACCUUUAAAUGGCUCUUCCAAACGAAGUUCACGCAGCAGUAGUACUACAACUACAAAUUCAAAUGAGGAAUUCAAUUCUAGUAGAUGUAAUUAAAUUGACAAUUAUGGAUAAAGAAAUUAAUAUUUAAUAAUUAAUAAUAAUUAUUAUAAUGAUAAAGAUAAUUAUAACGACAAUAAAAUAGAGAGGUGCAUAAGUAGAAUAAGAAUCAUAAUUUUUGGUUGCGUUUUUGAGCAACGAUUUUGAUAUUAAUAUAAUUAUUAAAUACGAAUAAUAACGAAAUUAAUAAAGAAUAAUAAUGUCUAUGGGCGACAUAAGUUAUUGCUCAAAUAUUAAAUGAAGCUGUAAUGCAUUCAAGGCUGACUAGAUUUAUUAUUUUUAUAAUGGAAUAAUAAUGUGUAUUAUAUAUCAUGUAUUGUGUGUAACUUAAAUGCUAUUUUACUUGUGCCUUUUGCAAUUAUGUAGGUUUUGUACAUAGAUGACUAUUUAAUAAUAAGAGAAAGAAUGAAGUGUGGUGAGUGAAAAAUAUGAGGAAUACAAAAUGAAUAUUAAUUUGUUACCAAAUAUAUGCGAUAUUGGCAUCUAAUUCGCAACUUAUUAAUUUCUUAACAACUAAUAAUGAAAGUCUACACGUUAAUGUAUUAAAAUAAGGAUGUAUGCGUGAGUGUGACUUGUGCAGAGAAGUUAUUUAUUAUUUAUUUUUUAUAUCUUUCUUAAUGGAUAUUACAUUGUACACAUGAUAAUUUGUAAAAAUGAAAACAUAAUUAAAAAAUAUUGGAAGUAUUGAAUAUUA